UCACUGUUUUCCAAAAUUCCCAGCUCUUGUAAACCACUGCACAACAAUGACGGCUUAACUUUCCUUUUCCUUUCACUUCCCAAUUUCUUCUCUUCGAAUUUUGGCGCCUUGCCAAUUCUGAAUACGUUGCUUCUUCUUGAUACUCUCUGUUGUUGCCCUCUGAUUCCGCCCUUUCUGCAAUAUUAUCGGCAUUGUCAUUGUUGAAAAAUUGAUAACAUGAAUGGGAGGUUUCCAAAUGGAAAUAACUGGAAUGAUAUAUCAUUUAGAGAUUGCGGUCAGAACCAGUUUAACUACUAUGGUCAAGUUCCUCAUCAUGGUUGGGAUUUCCACUAUGGUGGUGGUACAUACGUACCUCAUAAUGGUUGGGAUUUGCGCUCUGCUGGUGGUACAUAUGUGCCUCAUCAUACCCCUGAACCAACUAUUCCUGCUCUAGGACCAUUACACCGGCCACAACCAAGGCUAUAUUGUAAAAUUUGUGAGGUUAAGUUGUAUAGUUACAAAAGUAUGGAAGAACAUAAUCGUGGAAAGAAACAUCAAGGAAUGUUGAAGCGACGUGAGGAAACUGAUACACGAAGAAUAUCAAAUGGGCAGAUUCCAAAUUCUCAAGUGGAUUUAGCAGGUCAACCUAAGAGAAUUCUGAAAUCUGGGGAAAAUAGACGCGUAGAAAUAAAAGAGAUUUCUGAAGCUACUGUUGCCAAGCACAAGAAUUAUGUGCGGAAAGAUAAAGGGGUUACUCCGGAAGUUCCGGCUGAAGGGAAACCUAGGGAUAACACUAGCACACAGGGUGGGGUUAAACCUGAAGUUCCAGCCCAAGGAAAACUCAGGGAUAACACAAGUGCACAGAGUCAUAAUUUAAAGCGUAAGAUUGGUGGAGCCAAAACUGCUAAAUACAUGAAGACAAAUGAUGGAGAAAGAAGGCCCAUGGAAUCAUCAAAACUUGAUACCAAUUCUCUGUCAGCUUCUGUAGAAUCUCCCAUCCAAAUACCUGCAUUAGCACCGCACCCAGCUGUGACAUCUCAUGCAAUGGCCCCAUCACCUGUGGAGGGGACAAGUUUCAAAUUUGUACAUCAGCAGAUCUUAGCUUUUCAAACACAAGUAUUGGAAGGUAAAGAAUAUCAUGAGAUUCCAGAUCCUACUGUAAAAACAAGAAAUCAUCCACAUGCGUCUUCAUAUUCAAAUAUUAACACCCAACCUAAAGUUGUGACUUCUGAUUCUGCAGCAAAAGUAAUAAAACCAUCAAAAACGGGAUACUGUAAAAUUUGUGAGGUUCAGCUAUCACCCCAUUUCAGAAUGAAGGAAUUGGAAUUACAUAAAAAAGGAAAGCGACAUCAAAGAAUGUUGAGACAUCAAAGAGAGUUGAAACGACAACAGAGAUUAGGGAGUCCAAAAAGUUCAAAUGGGAAAAUUUCAAAUGUUCAUAAGAAUUUAGUAGUUCAAUCUAAGAAAGUUCAGAUAACUGAAAUAAAACAGCACAUGUUAAAAGAUAUGAGUUCUGAGGCUAGUAUUUCAGAGCAGAAGAGUUACCUGCAGACAGUUAUGAGACUGACCUCAGAAUUUGCAGCUAAAGGACCUGAAAUGAAACCUACAGAUAACAGUGGUGGUCAGAAUCAUGGUUUCAUCAAAACAGGUAAACAUAUAACGAAGAACGAUGGGGUAAGAAGACCCAUGGAAUCAUCAAAAGUCAAUAUCAAUUCCCAAUUAGAAUCUGUAGAAUCUCCUGUACAAAACUCAAUACCUGUUUUAGCAGCGCUGCCUGAGCCUGUGGCAUCUCACAUAAUUGCACCAACACUUUUGUUGGAAUCAAGUCUUGAGCCACAAAUUCAACACAUUUCUUCAUCGGAGGCACCUGUGCUAGAGGGCAAUGAGCAUUAUGAGAUUGAAAAUCGAAAUGUAGAAGUGACUGAUCAACCACUUGCCCCUGCAGAUAAUAUUAAAAUCCUGACUGAAGAUAUGGGUUCUGAUUUUUCCGCAAUGGCAAUAGUACCAUCAGAAGGGUUUAUGACAUCUCAGGUAUUUGCUCCAUCUCUGGAUGUGGCAUCUAAUUUUGAACCUCAAACUCAACAUGUUUUACAGACAUCUGUGUUAGAAAGCAAAGAACAUCAUGAUAUUCAGAAUCUCGCUUCGAAAACAAAUUACCAGCCAACAACAUCAGCAAGAUCAAGUUCUGAACUCCAAAUUCAACAUGUUUUACCUAUUGAAACAGAAUCUCAGUUAUCAAAACGCACAACUGAUUCUCAGAGCCAAAAUUUUGUUGAUGAGAAAAACAAUCAGCUGGUGCCAUCAGUUCUAGCAGAGUUCAGUUCUCCUUCAUGUCUUCAUGCUAUCGACCACUCUGCAGAUGGAUGUUCUAAUCAUGAACAAAAGAUGGAUAUUAUCACCCAUCAGUCAGGGACCACUCAGCGUUCUCAGUUGGCUGUUUGUCUUAAAUGUGGCGAUGCUGGCUUUCGAGAGACACUUGUCUUUUGCAAGAAGUGUCAGAUUUACGCCAUUCAUAGGUAUUGUUUAGAUGGGCCUGUGAUUUUUACCGCUGAUGUUAAUUGGUUCUGUGAUUGUGAGUCCGAGGUAGUAGAUACAUCUGCAAAAAAUGUCUCUCUAAACUCAGCAGAUAUUUCAUCUCAAAAUAGCAGAGAUAAAGUAAAGAACAAGCAAGGGCAACAAAAUAUUGAAGCUAAAACAAUGGCGCUGUUAUCUGACAAUCACAGCUUGUCUCAAUGCAGUAACAACACUGAAAAGGAAAAGUUUGGGAAAGAGUGUCAACCAGCUCCAAUAGAUGAAGCUAAUAAUACUGAGGGGUCUAUGAUUCUGACUGUUCCACAUCCUAUUGCAGAUCCAGUCUGGAGGGGAAGACUGUACCUCUCCUGCCCUGGUAUUCAUACCGUUAUUGGGCUUUUAGCCCAUAUGUCAACUUUAGCAUGCUCCAAAGUUAUGGAGGAGACAAAACUUUUCCCUGAUGUGCUUUGCCCGGACUUGCUCUCAAGAACUGCGGUGUGGCCGAAGUCCUUCAUGAAUUGUGGUCCAAAUGAUGAUAGCAUUGCUCUUUAUUUCUUUCCUGACACUGAAAGUGUUGAGAGGUCCUAUGACAAGCUGGUUGAUCACAUGAUGUCCGGUGACCUCGCCAUAAGAGCUGUGGUUGAAAAUGCAGAUCUUCUAAUUUUUCCUUCUGCAUUACUCCCUAUCCAAUGCCGAAGAUUUCAAGAAAAGUACUACUUGUGGGGGGUCUUUAGAGCAAAAAAAAAACUUCACACAAUACAAAUGAUGCAGUGUGUGGAGAGGUUACUAGUGGGCACAAGCCCUUGACUCUUAAGAAACAGAGUCAGCCAAAGACUUUGAGGACUUAUCAUUGAUUCAGUGUCUAUACCCAUCGAUUUAUUGAUGCCAAUUAGUACAUUUUGAUAGUUAGUACCUGUUUCUUUGCUCUGUUUGAUAGAACUGGUGUUUUAGAUUUUAGUUAUUAGCAGUUGGCCCAUAACAAAAUUAUAAGGGCUCUGGGUAUAAGUAUUUUUGAAUUUAGUAUAUAACUGUUCUUUUUUUUU